UGAAGUUGGUCAUGGCGUCGUAUACGUUGAUGUUCCUUCUGAUGUUGAAGAUUUUGGCUUAGCAUUUGGAAAAGCUCUCAACUUUGCAUUUGAGGAGUGGAUCUCUUUUGCACAACAAUUAACACGGAAAUUGGGCAAUACUAAUAGUGG